UUUUACACUUCCGGUUAGAUUUGAAGAUUCCGGAGAAAGCACUUUAGACGGUGGUGCCAUGAGCUGGAUGCGUUUCGUGGUAAAGGGGUACCGUUUGUCGUCUUCCUUUGUGUUAACGUCAAGAUGGAUAAAAAUAAGACCUACUUGCAAGUUGGAAUACAGCACGAAGUCUGAGAAACCUCAGCAACCGAUUGGGCGAUAUCCCGUCCCAUAUAAGAAGGAUCUGCCGUAUGAUAUUGUCGAACUGAUGGAGGAGGUUGAAACUAAGAGUGGUUUUUUGCCAAACAUAUUCAAGGUGCUUUCCUAUCGGCCUGUGGAAUUCAGGGUGUUCUUUGCAUACUACAAUGCCCUAAUGAACAAAGAAACAGGUAAUCUCAGCAAAGCAGAUAGGGAGCUUAUUAUUGUGGCCACAAGUGCUAAUAACCACUGUCCCUACUGUGUUAUUGCACAUAGUGCCCUACAUCGGAUAUAUUCCAAAAAUCCAAUUCUAGCAGACCAGGUAGUUGUGAACAGACACCUGGCUGACUUGGAUGAUCGGCAACAUGCCAUGUUGGAUUUUGCUGUCGCUGUGAGCAAUGCAGAAAACAUCAGUGAAGAUCAUCUUAAAAAACUAGAGAUGCAUGGAUUUGAUCGUGAGGAUGCUUGGGACAUUGCUGCGAUAACUGCAUUUUUUGCAAUGUCCAACCGUCUCGCUCACCUUGUUGAUCUGCAUCCAAAUGAAGAGUUUUAUAUGCUGGGAAGAUUGCCCAGGGAGAAGGAUAAGAGUGAAGGGUGAAAUUUUCAGUCAUUUACUGUCAGUAAUAGCAAAAGCAAAUGAGAACCACCAACUUACAAAGACUGGAUAACAGACAGAAACCUGCAGACAAUCAAGGGUUGGUAAAGUAGGAGCAGUAUUGUAUCAUGUGAAUUGUGGGGAAGACAAUAGAUAAUGUAAGACAUCUGGGCAAAAGAGUGGGAAUUGAAAUAUAAUGUUUUGUACGAAAGGUUUCUAUAACUUUGCAGAAUCGGUUUAAUACUCUAUGAUGGUCAGACUAGCUUUCCUUGCAUACAUGCGAAAAUAAAUGAUCAUUUACCUGUGUACUGAGUCUCCUUCCACUGUGUUGAGUUGUGCUCCAAUAGAACGUUGAUCAACAGGAACAUACUCGCGCACACUCUGUCCCUGGACUGAAAGUCCAUGUUGGACAGAUAUACUAACAAUUCAAACAGUCUGAAGCAGACUCUGGCUAGGAGGUGCCAGGUAGAGAAGCACAUAUUAAGUACCUAAAUGGAAAUUAGCUACUUUUAGAAACCUGGGAUGCACAAGUUAUAAAGAAUGAAUGUGCAAGAUUUAUCAUUUCAAGAAAUCAAAUAUUUCAUUUUAACAAUAUUUUGAGUAAUUUAUUGGAUAGAUUAGAUUACUUAGUGUGGAAACAGGCCCUUCGGCCCAACAAGUCCACACCGACCCACCAAAGCGCAACCCACCCAGACCCAUUCUCCUACAUUUACCCAUUCACCUAAUACAACGGGCAAUUAGGCAUAGCCAAUUCACCUAACCCACACAUUUUUUGGACUGUGGGAGGAAACCAGAGCACCUGGAGGAAACCCACGCAGACGUGGGGAGAAUGUGCAAACUCCACACAGUCGCCGGAGGCGGGAAUUGAACCCGGGUCUCUGGCGCUGUGAGGCAGCAGUGCUAACCACUGUACCAUUGUGCUGCCACAGUAAUAAUAGAUACCUCAGAACAAACGGGAAAUCUGUUUUGAGAACUUGAAAUAUUUUGUUAGGCUAUAAGUGAAUACAUCAAUUUUGGAAUUUAUAUCGGUUAGUGAAAGGAAAAUGCAGAUGUGACCAGUAUAGAUAAGUUAAGGCUUUGAUUGGAACAACUAAUUUUGGGAACUAUAAAAGGGAAUAGUAAGAAUAUCCAGAAGUUGGAUGCAGUUUAAGCAAAAAGAGAACUGGGAUAUUGUUUGUUAAUUUGAUUUGGUACUUCAAAUAUUUACGCCUAAAGUCCAGUAAUUAAGAAUCAGUAAUUUUUAUGAAAUUUUUGAUUAAGGUAAUCUGUGAGUGGAUGAAACCAUCAAGGACAAGACAGUGACCAUAUAUAUCUCCUGCAUGUGUACCUAUUGACCAGCCUACUUCAUUGCUGUGAAACAUAGGCUCAGGUCCUGUGGAUUUAUCAACUUUCAGCCCAUUAGUUUCUCCACUCAUACAAAUUUCCUUGAAGUCCUCAAUCUCGCUUGUCACUUGGAUGUCUAAUUUUAAAAGAAAUUAUUUAACUUCUCUGCCACUUCCCUAUUUCCAUUAUAAAGUGUCCUGACUCUCCUUUUUAAUGGACCCACAUUUGCCUUAGCGAAAUGUUUCCUCUUUUUAUUUGCCAAAACCUUUUACAGUCCAUUCUUUCAUUUGCUAGAUUGCAUUCCUAUUCUGUUCUUGCUUAUCAAUUGUACAGGAGCUUCGUUAGACUGCGUCUUGAGUACUGUACAGUUUUGGUUUCCUUAAACCUGGAAAAAUGAUAUUGCCAUUGAGGGAGUGCAACAAAGGUUCACUAAAUUUCAUCCUGAGAUGAUGGAUUGUUCCAUGAAGAGUGAUUAUACAAAGUGGGCCUAUACUCUCUGGAGUUUUGAAAAGUUAGAGGUCAUCUCAUUAAAACCUAUAAAAGUACUGGAAGUGAUAGAGGGAUAUUCUUUUUGUUCAUGGGAUGUGGAUAUCAUUGGUUUGUCCAGAAUUUCUUGCUCAUCCCUAAUUACCUGAAAAGCAGUCGAGUCAAUUGCAUUGCUUUCAGUCUGGAGUAAGUUGGCCAGACCAGGUGAAGGUGGCAGAUUUUCUUUCCUAAAAUACAUGAAUUCUUCAGAUAAGCUUUUCAAUUCUGAACUUAAAAGAACAUACAUAGUAUACUAUCUGUUAUUAUGGCAUUCAAACCCAUGUCCUUAGAAUAUUAGGAUGUGGUUUUUGAUUACUAGUCCAGUGCUCACAGACCUGUCACUACAGCUUCCUAGAUACACAGGGUGGAUGCAGGCAUUUCCCCUGAUUGGGGAGUUGAUGCCCUCUAGUUCUAAUUGGAAAAAUAAAAGGCAAUGCCAUUUAGGACUGAGAUUAGGCAAAUUACUUUCACUCAGGAUGGUGAAUCUUUGGAAUUGUCUCCCUCUGAAAGUUUUGGAAGCACUGACUUUUAAGUAUAUUUAAAGUAGAAGUUGAUUAACCCCUUAUGACAUUAAUAAUCAAAUUUAUAUGACUGGAUGCGUAAAAGGCAUUGAAGUGUUGGAGCAACAAUGAUCAUAUAGAAUAAUGGAGCAGGCUGAAUGGCCUAUUCCUUUUUAAUUCUCCUUGCAAUACACAUGAAAAUGAAGGAUCAUUGUCACUUUUGCUCGAGUGUCCUAUCAAUUUAUCAAAUUAUUUGAAAACACAACGAAUAAAAGUUCUUCAAUUAUUUUCUUUUAUAGAGCAAGACACUCUGCAGUGCUUGUCAUGUUUUUGGGCUUGUACACUGCAAAUUUCCUUUGGUUCAAUAUCAGCAAAUACUUAGACUUCUUAAUCUGAUUAUGGAUCUUCCUUAGAACAGUAUCUAAAUAAUAACAGAAAAGCUUUAUUAAAUGCCUGGCAAUGGGAAUAUAUGACAAGAUUUGAAAAAUUUAAAAAUCAUUGCCUUAUGUCCCUCAAUUAAAUUGUCACUAAUAACGAGCACUUAAAAUGAUGAAAACAGAAGAUAGACAUAAGUUCAUUCCAGUCAUUGAACGGAUCAGAUGAGGAUCCCACGUAAGAUUAAACUUAAGGCACUUGUUGUCAAAAAGCAAAGACAUCUUUACUAAGUUAAUUGAAUUUAUGGAACUAGUUACGGGAUUUGUGAUUCUCACAGCAACUAUAUCAGCUUUUGAGAUCAGGUUAAGGAGGUACAAACUGGUUGCAUAAUGUGAUUGUGAGUAUUUGCCAAUAUCAGGGGUAACUGUGUUGGGGUCAGUUGGGUGAAAUGACUAAAUAAAUCUCGACAUCUGGAUACACUUUGUCAAUUUUAUACCAGUAGGAAGAAAAUAUCUGGACACACAAAAGCUUUGUCGCUGAAAAAAGGGAAAAUAAAAGUGUUAUACAUUUUCUUUUAGCCCUUUUUGGCUGCUCCAAUCAGGUUAAUCAUGUGACUGCAUGAUCCAUUGAUGGACAGUUCUUAGUCUUCCCAUGAUGGUUACCAGAUGCCAUAAUCGCAUUUUUGGGCCUUCACUAUACCUCUUAUUUGAACAAGUUUCCAGGCUUCAGCUCUUGCGCCAGUUAUUUGGUACUCCCCUGUCAAUAUCUGACUUACAGGUCGUUCUGGGAUAAUGUGCAUCCAGCAGCAUGAUUUGGCUAUAAUGUUGCUGAAGAAUAAAGAAAUGGUAUUUUUGAGAACGCUUAGUUCAGUUGGCAAUUGCAUGACUCCAGUGGGGAUUGGUUUGCGUGAUUUGUUUUGUGCAUAUGGUGAAAUCUGUGUGCCAUUCUGCACAUGCGCCAGUGUUCGUGCUGUACUGUGCAUGCAUGAUGUUGGUGCUGGUCUUUGUGCUGUUCUGUGCAUGCACCAAUGUCAGCUGCUAACAAAGCAGCUUUGUGAGAGGUACUUUGUGGAGAGCAGCUUGCUUAUGUGUUUUUAAAUAUACUGUGUUAAAUUUACUUUUGUUUCAUUAAAUAUGAUUUCAACCUUCA